AUGUCGAAGCGCGAACUCCACAUGCAACCGCGCAUGGUCAAGAAGGGGCCUUUCUCUGUCGAGGCCCCCGGCUAUGAACCCGUCGAGGGAGAGACCAUCCCCCGUCGGCACCCCGCGGCCAAGGACGGUCUUAUCCUGCGCCCCUCAGAGGAUGUCACAACCACCUACGAGAACUUCCGCCGCUCCGCCCGUGUCUUCGGGAACUCCAAAGCGGUCGGUAGCCGUCGCUUGAUCAAGACCCAUGUCGAGAACAAGAAGGUGAAGAAGAUCGUGGAUGGCGUGGAGAAGGAGGUUGACAAGCAGUGGACCUACUUUGAGAUGAGCGGCUAUACAUACAAGAGCUUCCUCGAGUAUGAGAAGCUCUGUCUGGAGCUUGGCUGCGGUCUCCGCAAGCUUGGUUUGGAAAAGGACAGCCGAAUUCACUUGUACGGCGCAACAAGCGCACACUGGCUGGCGAUGUCACACGGUGCUGCCUCCCAGUCCGUGACCAUCGUGACCGCGUACGAUACCCUCGGAGAAGAGGGUCUGAAGCACUCUCUCGUUCAAACCGGUAGCACUGCUAUCUUCCUCGACCCUAGCCUGCUCAAGUCGCUCAUCAACAUCCUCCGGAGCGUGCCCUCAAUCAAGCACAUUAUUUACAACACCGACAACGAGGUGGACCAGAAGCUGCUUGAUCAGCUGCACAGCGAAUUCAUCCACCUCAAUGUGUUGAGCAUUGAGGAUCUUCGCAAACAGGGCGAAGAGAACAAUGUGGAGCCUGUUCCUCCCAAGCCAGAGGACCUCUGCUGCAUCAUGUACACCUCGGGAUCUACAGGCCCACCUAAGGGUGUUCCCCUGACUCACGCCAACGUGAUUGCUGCCACCGCGGGUGUCAACGAGAUCGUCGGCCCCUACAUCAACCACAAGGACUCAUUGCUGACCUACCUCCCCCAAUCUCACAUUUUGGAGUUCAUGUUCGAGAACCUUUGCCUCUUCUGGGGUGGUACCAUGGGUUACGGUAACCCUCGCACCCUAUCCGAUGCUUCGAUGCGCAACUGCCAGGGUGAUAUCAAGGAGUUCAAGCCCACCAUUCUGGUCGGUGUCCCAGCCGUGUGGGAGUCAGUCAAGAAGGGUGUUUUGAACAACCUGAACAAGGCCAACUUCAUCGUCAAGGGCAUGUUCUGGGGCGCCAUGUCGGCCAAGAACUUCCUGAUGACCACUGGUAUCCCUGGCUCAGGCAUUGGUGCCUCCAUUUUGGACGCCGUUGUCUUCAAGAAGCUCAAGGAGGCAACUGGUGGUAACCUCCGUAUCGUGAUGAACGGUGGUGGCCCAGUCUCCAAGGAGACCCAGAAGUUCCUCUCAAUGGCUGUCGCCCCCAUGAUUAGCGGCUACGGUCUGACCGAGACUUCUGCCAUGGGUGCUCUGAAUGACCCCAUGGCCUGGAACCCCAAUGCCCUGGGUGACAUCCCCGCUUCCGUGGAGAUCAAGCUCGUCGACUUCCCCGAUGCCGGGUAUCUGACCAAGAACACGCCCCCUCAGGGUGAGAUCUUCAUCCGCGGUGGCUCUGUGACCUCGGGCUACUACGACAACGAGGAGGAGACCAAGGCUUCUCUCACCGAGGACGGCUGGUUCAUGACCGGUGACAUUGGUGAGUUCGACAGCAACGGUCAUCUCAACAUCAUCGACCGCAAGAAGAACCUGGUCAAGACCCUGAACGGUGAAUACAUCGCUCUGGAGAAGCUGGAGUCGGUCUACCGCUCCUCUCCUGUGGUUGGUAACAUCUGCGUUUACGCAGCUGAGGACCAGGACAAGCCCAUCGCCGUUAUCGUUCCUGUUGAGGCGGCAUUGAAGAAGGCUGCCAGCGAGAACGGUAUUGAGGGUGACUCCCUCGAGACCCUUGUCCACAACGAGAAGCUCAACAAGAUCAUCCUCCAGCAGCUGCAGGCCGCUGGCCGCGCUGGUGGUCUGAAGGGCAUUGAGAUCAUUAACGGUGUUGUGCUGUCUGACGAGGAGUGGACCCCUCAAAACGGUUUCAUGACUGCUGCCCAGAAGCUUCAGCGCAAGAAGAUCCUCAACCACUACCAGGCUGAGAUCAACAAGGCUUACGGCAAGAAAUAA